AUGGCCGAGAAGGUGACUAUGAUGAUGUUGAAGGUGGAUCUAAACUGCUCCAAAUGCUACAAAAAGGUCAAGAAAGCUCUCCGCAAAUUCCCUCAAGAAAUAAGAGACGAGUUGUUCGAUGAGAAGUCCAAUACAAUCAUCAUCAAGGUGGUUUGUUACGAUCCUGAGAGGUUUAUGAACAAACUAUGUUCUAAAGGAGACGGUUCUAUCAAGUCUAUUGUGAUCCUCGAACCACCCAAACCACCUCAAGUCCAGGCACAAGCUUCUCAAAAGCCUAAAGAGCCCGAGAAGCCCCCAGCUCCGGCUCCGGCUCCGGCACGGCCACCGGCUCCGACUCCUCAAAUGAUGCCGAUGAGUCACGCGUAUCAUUGUGGGCCGUACUACGAGGCCCAACAGUUCAGUUAUUACGGAAGGCCCAUUUAUGAUAGCUGGGGAGGUGGGCCACACCCACACUCACAUUAUUGCCACGAAGUCUCGAACCAACAAAGCUGCUCCAUCAUGUGA